AUGUUGUCUGAGCUGAAAAUUGACAAGCACAGAAUCUCAAAACUCAGACUAAAGGACAUCAUCGAUGUUGGAUGUGAGAGUGUGAAGGACGUGGACCUUCAGUCCAUAAAAGAUCUCCCCUGGCACUUCCUACAGAAACUCAUGGCACUUAAUGUGACUGCAAGGAACACACGAUUUAACCAAAAGUUUGUUAAUAUGGAAGGAGAAGACAGUAAUGAAGAUCAAGAUCCAUAUUCCGUUUUCCUACCUAUUACUGAAACAAACACAUCCGGUAUCCACCCCCUGGAUGUUCUAUGUGCUGUCCUGACUUGUUCAGACCAUUUCUUACAACAGGAAAUUGUAACCAAGAUGUCCAUGUGCCAGUUUGCUGUCCCUCUGCUGCUCCCUGUUGGGGAUGGCUCUAACUGCACCUUCAUGCUAUGGGCAAUGAGAGACAUUGUGAAGAGGUGGGGAACGCAAUCAUCAGAAGGCAGUACUAGUUUUGUGGAAAAAAAUGUGGUGACCAUCAAGAUGCCGACCUUCUCAUUUGUCAGGCUGGGAGAUUUUGACUUUUCAAAAUCUAAAAUCCUAAAUAGUAUUCUCAGUCCAGCUCAUAAUGCUCACGAAUUCUUUGUGCAUCGAGACAUGGAGGGCGCAAAUGUUCCUCGGAAAAUAUCCGAUGGAUUGGUGGAAAUAUCCUGGUACUUUCCAAAACAAAAUGAUAAUAUAUUUCCGGGUCCUAUUGCUGUGACCAAUCUGCGCGGAGAUCUGAAAUGUAACUUGAAACAGUUCAGACUUUUAACAAACAUUUCAUCGGCUGUAUUUAUAUUUACUGAGAAAAUAAGUGAAAGAGAAUUCAAUAUGUUAGCAGAUCUCAGGGGAACAGACUCAAGUUAUUACUUCAUCAUCGACAAUACACCAAACAAAGAGGAUAAAACAAAGACAGCCAAAUAUCUGAACCAGUUAUUUCCAAUACUAAAACUAGACAAAUCACAUGUCUUAGUAAAAAACAGUCAAUCAAAUGUCACAGAGUUAGUAAUAAAGCUACAGAAUAUCAUCGCAGAUAUUACAAAACAACCUGGAAAAGCAAUUGAUCUGGAGAACAUCGCUCAAAGAUCUGCUGAAUUUGGGAUACAGACAGAUGAGAAUUCAGAAGAAUGUCAGAAAGCAAAGAAACAUGCGCUGGAAAUCACAAAGGGAAUAAAAGAUGUAACACAGUGGAAGAAGGAAACAAUGAGGCUGCAGGGAAAUCUAUGGAAGGAGAUAUCACAAACAGAAAAAGAAAUGUGUAGAAGAAAAAACCAGGGUGAGAAAGAUUCUGAAAGCUACCAAUCAGAACUUAAAGAAAAGUGUUUAAAACUGCGCAGGGAGCAGAGUCAGUACAAGAUGACAGAUUCUUUGAUCAAGUUUUCUUCCGCUAUCACCACCUUAUCUGAGGUGGAGAAAAAUUAUUUUGUGAAAUGGAUGAAAUGUUACCUCGAUGCCAUUGGAAGAGAUAACCUGGCUAAACUUCGUGCACAAUACAAGCAUAACUUGAAAAAUAUGUCACCAGAGGAAGUAAAGGAAUUAAACCAGCAAAAAUCUGAAAGUUCCUUGGGAAUUGAACAUUUUCUGCGUGAAUUAGGGCAGUUUUAUGAAUCAGAAUGUGCAAUAGUGAAAGAAGGAGACAUUAAAACAGACCAAAGACGAUUCAGUCAUCUCCCAGGAAUAGCUGCUGAUCUCCUGCUGGAUGGGUUCCCACUUGAGCUGAUCGAUGGAGAAGCGUCUAAUAUUCCUUUGCAGUGGAUAACUGAUGUUCUGACCGAGCUAGACACCAAGACAGGAGGACAAUGCAGAAUGAGAGUGAUCACUGUGCUGGGAGUUCAGAGUACGGGGAAAUCCACCCUUCUGAACACCAUGUUUGGUUUGCAGUUCCCGGUGGCCAGUGGACAAUGCACCCGAGGAGCUUUCAUGACACUAAUUAAUGUGAAAAAAGACUUCCAUGAAGAUCUGGGCUGUGACUUUAUUCUGGUGAUUGACACUGAAGGGUUUAAAAAUUCUGUAUCAACUUCUGAUGAUCAAAAUUAUGAAAAUGACAAUGAGCUGGCAACACUUGCGGUUGGGUUGAGCGACAUCGCCAUAAUUAACAUGGCCAUGGAAAGCACUGCGGAAAUGAAGGAUAUUCUACAGAUUGUGGUCCACGCAUUUCUUAGGAUGACAAAAGCAGGAAAGAAACCCAACUGCCAGUUUGCUCAUCAGAAUGUGAGUGACGUGUCGGCUCCUGAUAACACUAUGAUUGAAAGAAUAAAACUAGUGGAAGAACUAAAUAAAAUGACUGAAAAAGCAGCAAAGAUGGAGACUAAUCGAGCUAAAUCUUUCUCUGAUAUCAUUGAGUAUAAUCUUGAGGAGCACAGCUGGUAUAUUCCUAGCCUUUGGCACGGGGUACCACCCAUGGCCUCAGUAAAUUCUGGGUACAGUGAAAAUAUUUGCAAAUUCAAACGAUAUUUGUUCAACUUUAUGAAAAAAAACAAAUCAAAUAAAUUGUCGAAGCCACAAGAUAUCGCAACAUUUAUCAAAUGGUUAAACAACCUGUGGAUGGAAGUCAAACAUGAGAAGUUUAUUUUCAGUUUCAGAAAUAUUCUCGUUGCUGAAGCUUAUGACAACCUCACGAAAAACUAUUCUGAGUUAGAAUGGGAUUUCCGGAAAGUAAUGCAGAAAUGGAUGAUCGAAACCGAAAAUCUUAUCAAGAACCUGCCGAUCGAAGAUCUAGAUAACCAAUUAGCUAAAAACAUAAAACCUGAAAUGGAUUGUUUACUAGAAAGGGAGGAACAAAAAAUGCAUGAUUUGUUAGAAACCUAUUUUAAAAAUGGCUGUGAAAACCCAACGCUCAUACAGCAAUACGAAACCCAGUACUUAUUUGGAAUAAAAGGUCUCAGGAUGAAAAUUGAAACAUCUCUUUUACAAAAAUGUCUGGAAGUUAUACAGAUACAAAAAGGAAAGGAAGAAUUACAACGUAUUGAAAGAAUGUACAUCAAGAAUAUUGAGGAGCAAGUGAGCAUUCUUUUAGAAAAAUGUAAACAAGGUAUGGACCCCAUUGAGGCAAUGAAGGUAUUUGAAACUAUGUGGGAAGAAAUGAUACCAGCAUUAAUGUACCGUCCUCCAACUAGGCGUAAUAUUGAACAGGAAAUGCUGAAGCAACUGAAGACCGAGAUGGGGAACAAAGGAAGUUCGAUAAGUCAGAGAUUAGACCGUGUAAUUCAUUUAAAAGAUGAGGCAGACCUUUUUCACAUUUCUGCAGAGCACAUGGACUAUGAUUGGUUGACAUUAAAAGAGUUUUCUGAGUUCGAGCAAAUAAAUUAUAAAAAUGAGGCAAAUGAUUUUGCUGCAUCCUUGAUUGACAGCUGUCAUUAUUUUGUCACCCAAAAAGUUAUCACAAAAGAAGAUUACAAUGAAAUCUACUGCAGGGAUUUGUUGAAUAUGAUCAAUGAAAGGUUAACGCCAACUGUUGCUGAUAAGCUUUGCACUAAACCCUUGUUUAAGCUGGACCUGAAGCUUCAUAUCCUGGGGAAAGCAGUGGUGCAAUUUCAGAAGAUGCACAAUGACUUUAUCCAAGAAAAUGACCCAAAACACAUUCUCAGCAAUCUAAAAGCUCGCUACUCUUCCUGUUUUAGCAAUAUAGUUCUGCAACAAAAUGCCUCUAAAGAUUGUGCAAAACGCUUCUGUGAAUCGUGUCUAAAGCCGGCAAUUAUUGACUACAUCAAUAAAAACCUAGGUGGAGAGAUGGUGGAUGACAUGUUGGACAGCGAUGACUCCUCAAAGUAUAAAAGUCGCAGUAUCUUCCAAUACCACGUCCUCAAGGAAUUACUAGAAAAGAAUGACUUCAAGCUAUAUCUAGAAUAUAUUCACAGGUUCGAGAGUUUUGCCAGAAAAUGGAUUUCAGAAAACAUAUCAAUUAAAUAUGAAAACUUUACCCACUUUGAAAAAAUUAUUGCCAAAAUUGUCUCUUUGAUCUACAAAAAAAUCAGGAAGGCUCUUAAGAUUACAACUGCUUUAGAAUGUUCAAAUCUGGAAGAAUUUUUAGGUCAGGUAUGCAAGGAAUUAAAUAAAGAGCUGGUGAUUUCACCGAAUGAUGUAAAAACUACAAUCUUCAACAAUGAAAAUUGUACAAAUGUUCUCCAAUUUUCUAAUGACAUUGAUGAGUUUUUAACAGAAAUGGAAGGGCAAAUAAUUACAGACUUGAAAGAUCUGAAUACAGAGUCUUUUCUUUCCAAUCCCACCCUAAAUGCUAAGGAGGUUCUCUUUAAACGUGUGGUUGGAUGUGGGAAACAGUGUCCAUUCUGUAAGGUCCCAUGUGAGGCUGGAGGUGGUGAUCAUGAUACACAUCGGGCAUCUGUCCAUCGUCAAAAAGGACUAGCAAGACACAGAUGGGUGGUUGGUGAAAUGCUGUGCAAUGCCACAUGCUCUGCUGAUAUAAUUACCAAAAGAAAAUUUAAAAACAGGGAGACAAAGGGAGAAUUCUGCUUUUACAGUGAUUAUCAGAAAAUCUAUCCCGAUUGGGAAAUAGAACAUGAAACGAGUUCUGCUGCCUACUGGAAAUUUGUCUUCAAAGAGUUUAACAGUCAGUUUGCAGAGGAGUAUGGAGCUAAACCUGCUCAUAUUUUGGAAGAAUGGAAAACCAUUACUCGAGAGGAGGCUCUGGAAAGUUUGAAGGAAAUGUUUAAAGUAGAAUAA